AUGGCCGAUUACUCUGAUAUGCCAGGCCUUGUAGACAACCCGAUGCCUGCAGGAUACCCUGGCGCAACGCCCUAUCACCAAGGCUUCGGCAGGACCGUGACCUCAUCGGCUUCGGGGACACCGUGGACUAGUGCCAGACAGGACGGUGGAGCAGCUUGGGGCGAAACAAAUUCGCCGUGGGGAGGAUACGAAUCUACAGAACAGCAGCUGUGGCCUGCACCUUCUCCACAACACCAGCAGGCGUCGCCUUGGCCCGCGCCUGCGCCCAGCUUCGUAUCCGCGACGCCUGCCGGCUAUGUCCCAGCGUCGAAUCCUGCCAUGCCCACCACGAUGGAUUCGUGGGGCCGCCCCAUCGGGGAGAUGGUACAGAACGAGCGAUACAACGAUGAGCGGUAUACCGAUGAGCUGCCAUGGAAGAACGGCAGCGAGCUCUCGGCCUUGCGCCGGUCCUUGUCGCGAACGCACUCAGCGUUCUCCUCGAAUACGCCCAGCCCGGCGUCGUCGUCGCCUCUCUCGCGCUCGCGCUCGGUGCGGUCAGUGCUCGACCGACGCACGCUCCCGCCGCCCGAAUGGCGCCCAGAGUUCAGCAUGACCCGAUCGGGGCUCAGUCAGGCGCUGGGCUCGCUGUUCACCAAACGGCGCUCGUCGUCGAUAUCCCUCCCGUUCACCAGCGACGUCCGCUGGCCGAAGCUGCACCCGUAUCUGCGGUACAACGCGACGUCGCCGCCCAUGUGCCUCGACAUACGGCAGGUGCCGCUCACGAUGCAGUUCCGGGACGUGCGGCGGCAGGUGAACGCGUGGGACCUGACGCGCUUCGCGUGCGAGCCCCCCGUCGCGCGCAUGCGCCUGUACAACGCGCACCUCCCGUGGUUUAUCGACGUCGAAAGCACUAACCCUGUCGGCGUCACCCUUCACGAGCUCUUCAACGCCAUCUGGCAGUCGAUGAUGACACCGAUCACCACGAUGGACUGGUUUAACUGCGAGAUGGACGAUGGCGCGCGGGGCCGUAUCGCCGACGCGUGGGCGUCGCGGUGUACGAGCCAGGAGGACCGCAAGAUGGGCGUUCGCCGGGUCGAUUUCUUACUAGAUCGCGUCGUCCUGGAAGGGUUUGCGAAGGGGAGGGAAGGAAUGUGGGAGAUGAAGCUCAACAGGCUGCUGUGA